GGAGCAGCUACUUGUGCCUCUUCAAACUCUUCUCUUACUCUCUUAAAUCCCUUCCUCUCUUUCCACCUUCAUCUUCCCAUCCUCAUUUCCAUCAUCUACUUAACCAAAGUCAUACUUAACCAAAAUCAAAACCAUGGUAGUAACUACAGAUUUAGGAAACACCAAUACGAUGAAAUUUUUAUGUAGUUAUGGUGGUAAGAUUCUUCCUCGUAAUACUGAUGGUAAACUUCGUUACGUUGGUGGUGAUACUAGGGUUCUUGCCCUUGAUCGCUCCCUUUCUUUCUCAGUGGUAAUGAUAAAGCUUGGAGAAUUAUGUGGAUCAAUACCAGUGAAAUUGCGCUGUCAAUUACCAAAUGAGGAUUUAGAUGCAUUGGUUUCAAUAAAAUCCGACGAAGAUCUUGUCAAUGUUAUCGAAGAAUAUGAUCGAGCUAGUAAAGCUACAUCAAACACUCUAAAAAUCAGAUCAUUUCUUUCACCAUCAUCAUCGUCAAAAUCAGUGAAAAGAAUUUCACCUCUACAAUCGUCAAAUACUUCCUCAAUCGGUGAUGAUGGAUCAUUUUCAGCCGUUGGAUCAUCGUCACCCCCUCUAACAGGUUAAUUAUAGCGUUGGGAGGACAUAGAAGCUAUCUGCUCGGGAGGUGUAAAGAUAGAGAAAGAGAUUUUUUCAGAAGAUAAUAGUCUUUCUCAAUACUAGGGGCCGGGAAAAUCAGUGGUGAUGCCAUGGUCGUGGGGGUGCUGAAAUACUAAAAAUGUAUCUUCAAAUUCUUAUAUACCUCUCCACACAUUUAUCUGUUAUUAAUACAAAGGAAAAUUGGAGAAAAAUCUCAGAACAUAUACCUGCAAAAAAUUUUAAGGUGCAUCUUUUGGCGGACAUCCCAAUUGUCCAAUGGAGUUUUGGUUGAAUCAGAACUAAUGAAUGAAUAAAAAAAAAAAAAAGAAAAAACAGAAAAAAGAGGAUGGCUGGAUGGGUCUUUUGUGACA